CAGAGGCAUAGGAUCCUCUUUUUAGAUGCACCUGAUUUUCUAAUUGUCUCUCAAUAAACAUCUAUAUACAUUUAUCCCCCAACCAUCCAAUUUCUAAUGUGCACAACCACUCAUCUGCAUGAUCCCCAGACACAGCAGGCUACACCAGCCAGCUGUUGGAUUAUUGCCACAGCACUAUCUCAUCGGGGAAGGCGUGUCACUCCCCGAAUUGCUCAGCUCCCCUUUGUCCUCGGUCGGUGCCCAGCCAGCGACACUCAUGGCGGCUGCACCCGUCAGGCAGCGCUCCGGGCCAGGGGGACCCCGGGCGCAGCUCCCACCCUGCUACUACGAAGGAUACCUGGAAAAGCGAGGACCGAAAGAAAAGGCAUCCAGGCGUCUGUGGACCUGUCUGUGUGGGAAUUCUUUGUAUUUCUUCAAUAAUGCCAAGGACAGUCAUUAUGUGGAGAAGCUGGACCUCAGUGGCUUUGUGUCCUUGAAGGACGACUGCAGUCGGGACAGAAACCUGGAGGCAGCCAGACUCAUCCUGCGCAUGAAGGAUGGAGAGACCAAACUCACAGCACCUAACCUGGAAUCAAGGGAGCUGUGGAAAGGUUUCCUCUACUCCGUUGUAGAUCUGAAUGUACCGUCCUGUCUCACGUUGCUGCCGGGCCAGCUGCAGAUGCUGAAGGAGGUGGUGGACAAAGAAAGGUCCAGACGGAGAACCCGCACUCCCACGCGCGCUCCUCCCUCGCCCCUCUCUGUGCCUUUAGUAGGAGAGAUCCCACCGUGUUUUCGACCAGUGUCUCGAACAGAGGCUGAAGUCCUUUUAGAGAGACACCCGGACUGUGGCAACAUGUUGCUCCGGCCAGGCAGAGAUGGGUGCUCAUUGGCUGUCACUACUCGGCAGGACCUCAACGGGUCAGUGUUCAGACAUUACCGUGUGACUCAGAGGGACCAAGGUGGUUAUGUCAUUGAUGUAGAAAAUCCUAUUCCCUGUGCUUCACUGCAUGAGGUCAUCGACGCUCUGGUAGAGAAGACAGCAGGAACUCUGCAGCCUUUCCUACUGGAGGAGCCUUACGAAGAGAAUAUCACAUAUGUUUCUGCCAAUGAUGAGAAUGGAGAAAGGAUCCUGCACACUGCCCCCUCCAGCCCCCUGCCAAAGGCUCCUGCCCUGCCUCCAAAACAAGAUCGUUGGCCCGGCAGCCCCCUGUCCAGGUCUCCCGCCCCCGACCGCCGUAUCCUGACCUCACCAGUGCCGGCCUCGCCCACCAACCCGAUGAGACGGCUCAUCCUCUCCCCUUCACCUCUCGCACAGACACUUAAUGAGGAACUCAAAAUGAAGCUAGAGAAGAGACGAGCCAGUCAGGAGUGAUGUUUUCAUAAGGAACAACAUCCUGUCACAGCAUACUCAAUAUCUUCAGCGCCAAAUCCCUUCUCACCGCAGCUAUGUAUUCAUUCUGUGCCUUCUAGGUGGCAGACAAGGGAGUACGAAUACCGCCACUUUCUCAUAGGGAGAUACAAAAUGUUGGACUUUGAUGGUUAUAUGGACUCUGGUUAGCUCCUUAAGAGCAUGAAUGGCUGGUAAACACUGGAUUAGGUUCAUAAAACCUCGUAAACGGCUGCCUGCCUUUGGUUAGGGUAACAAUCCACUAGUGCUUUGUCCACUUGCAUAAAGCUGUUUACAAAGUGCCACUGAGCAA